UGAGAGAGGAGGAGGAGAAGUAGAUUACUGUCCUCGGAUCUGCCGUGUCUGAGGACCUACUGAAACAGUCAAAGAAUUUUCAGAAGACUGAGGACAAACACACCCACAUACUGGAUUCCACCUGGUGUACGGAGGGAGACAGCUGUCAGGUUUUUGUGUGGAGGAGGUUAUCUGGCUGCUGCCCAGGUGUGUCUCACCGUUGCUGCCUCAGAUGGAGGAGGUCAGACUUUAACCGGCAGUUUGGAUGAAACCACGCUCCUGUAAAACCUCCACCAGACCAAGCGGGUUUUUUCGAAGGACAUGGAAGAAUCUGGGGAGAGUUACUGUCAUGUAGGAAUCGUGUCACCUGUUGAUGUUUAUGUGGGGUUGAUUUAAUCCAUCAAUCAAAUCGAUUCAAUCAAAUCGAUUGAACAAGUGAUUGACGAGGAUGAUCUCCUAUGUGGACUGCCUUUCUGCCGAGCCGGUGGGUGUCAGCAGAAAGUGCUGGAAGGGUGCGUACAGCGAGGAUGAGGACGAACUCCUUCCUCGUAAGAUGGUCGCGCUGCAGCCCAAGACGGAGGGCAGUCUGAGACGCCGGCUCCUCACCUCCAAGAUCCACCAGCAGCAGGAUGUCCUCUGGGCCCCCAGGCCCCUGGCCGAGGGGCCCCAGCACGACAAACCCUCCCAGGGGCUCUUCACCCACCCGUACACCGGGCCCCAGCCCAAGGGCAGCCCACCAGGUCUUCUGCUCCACCACAGACAGAAGCUCUCCCUCAACCUGGGCUCCAAGCCCCAACCUGGAUACUUCUCCAUGAACCAGCAUCGACGGACCAGCUACUCUCCCACAACCCCUGAGCCUCAACAUGGGUACUCCUUCUGCCCUCCACCCCCUGGUGCUCCAGACUACCUCUACCAGGGGUCCUACCCCAAGCAGGCUCCAUCCCAUCCCAUGCAGGACUCCCAUAACCCAAACCAGGGGCCCUACAACCCCUUGCAAGGUCCCUACAACCCCAACCAGGGGCCCUACAACCCCUUGCAAGGCCCCUACAACCCCAACCAGGCCUCCUACAACCCCAUUCAAGCUCCGUACAACCCUAACCCAAGGCUGCCCGGCAGACACAAGGCCAGCCACUGCUCUCUGAGGCUCCAGAAGACCCAGUGCUGCUUCCCUCUCCAGUGGCGCAGAUCUACACAGAGCCCCUUAGCGACCACGCCACUCCUCCAGAGAGACUCAGACGGAGACUGGAGAGCGGUAAGUGUGGAUGAGGACAGCAAGUGGUCUGUUCACUACACUACCCAGAAGCCUCAGCAGGAGAGAGUCUUCCUGUCAGAGACACGCCCCUCCUGUGUGAACGACCUCCCAUCCAGGGUCAACCUCCACAAUGUCCUCUUAGAAUGUGACAGACUCAGUAAAACUGGGUAUGGCAGCAUGCAGUACUUCCCCCAGAGUCCCGCCCCCUCCUGUGCCAGCCUACCAGAGAGUUCCCUGCAUGACCCACACAGGAAGGACAGAGGACCCAAAAAGAGUAACAGACUGUUGGACUGCCUGUCUCAAUCAUGCUUCUCUGUCUUCUGUCAGUUCAGACCCUGGAGGAGAAAGUCUUCCGUCUCUCUGGCGGAGGACGAGGGGUUUGUGUACGCCACCAGCCCCCCCGUGCUGCACGGCGCCGUGAGCUGCGAUGACAUCAUGACCAAUGGCUACGAGGCGCCCGAGACCGAAGAGGAGUGGAUUAAGCCCCUCCCCCUUCCCACCCCUGAGGAGAAGAUGAGACUUCAGGCCCAGGCCAUACCAGCUGACUAG